UUCUGGAUAAAGAAACUUACUGUGCUCUUCUGCUUUUUUUUGUGUGUGUCCCCUAGUUUUAGAGAAGUACUACUGCAAAGAUGUCCAUCGGAGUUCCAAUCAAAGUGCUGCAUGAGGCAGAAGGCCACAUUGUGACAUGCGAGACGAAUACAGGGGAAGUCUACCGUGGCAAACUCAUUGAGGCUGAGGACAAUAUGAACUGCCAGAUGUCCAACAUCACAGUGACAUACAGAGAUGGGCGAGUGGCAGAGAUGGAGCAGGUGUACAUUAGGGGGAGCAAGAUCCGGUUCCUCAUUUUACCAGAUAUGUUGAAAAAUGCUCCUAUGUUAAAGAGCAUGAAGAAUAAAAACCAGGGCUCUGGGGCUGGACGAGGCAAAGCAGCUAUUCUCAAAGCCCAAGUGGCUGCAAGAGGGAGAGGUCGUGGAAUGGGCCGUGGCAACAUUUUCCAGAAGCGAAGAUAAUUUUGGACUCAGCUGACUUUUUUUUUUUUUUUUUUUUUUAAUUAGGGCUUCAUUUACUUCUGGUGCAGCAAUUAGGGUUCUGUUUAAAUAAAAUCUGUUUCUGACAAAAAA